GGAGAAGAAGAAAUUGAGUUCAGCUUCACCAGCUGGGAAGUUUGGACGAGGGCGUCAAGCGGCUGCUGCUUGUUCUGAAAUUGUAAGGUUUUCUACCAAGGCUUGUGGAGAGAUGGGGCGUAUUCCAAAUGAAUGGGCUCGAUGUAUUCUGCCGUUGGUGAGGGAUAAGAAGAUUAGAAUUGAAGGGUGUUGCAAAUCAGCUCCUAAUAUAUUGGCGAUUAUGGACUCUGUUCUUUUGUCCGUCAGAGUGUAUAUUAAUAGCUCCAUGUUCCAUAAAAGCCAUCAGACAUCACUAAAGGCUAGAUCUACAGAUGAUACAGUUGUUCACCCCCUUCCAACUUUGUUCCAUUUGCUCGGACUUACUCCUUUUAAGAAG